CUCUGGGCUGCCCGCGCGUCCCUGUGUGGAAAAACACACACAGACACACAGACACCCCACAACCCCAAACUCCGCUGCGAGGCCGGGGCCUCGGUUAAGGCGGAGGUCCCUCCAGCCCCCCGUCCUCCUCUGUUUGAAUUGGUGAGGAAGAAGAAGAAGGAAGAAGAAGAAAGGGAGCGAAGCGAGGAAAGAGAGGAGAAACUCCUUCCCGCCCCUCUGCUCUCUCUGGCUCGCUUCGCAACUAACAACAACUAGCCGCAGCGCAGUCCUCUUCCUCCUCAGUCCAGCUGACCACCAAAGUCGGGUUUCGGGAGCGAAGCCAGAAAGAGAAGGAGGGCAAAGAGGAGGAGGAGGAGGAGGAGGAGGAGGGCCAGGGGAAGGCAGUUGGUAGACUUUUUGUUGACAAUAAACUGCCCCUGUUAGGACAAACCAAAGGGGGAGCAGAGCCUGAGGACCCGAGAAGAGGAAGCCCGGGAAGGAAUGCUUUCCCCGCCGGCCGAGCCUUGCUCCCGCCGCCGCCGCCGCCGCCUCCUCCUCCGUCUCUCUUGCUGAGAAGGGGAUUUUUUAAGCCGAGAGCUACAUGACUGCGCGGAUCAGGGGAUCGCCAACACCAUCAUGCGAGCACAAAUUGAAGUGAUACCAUGCAAAAUUUGUGGUGACAAGUCCUCUGGAAUACACUAUGGAGUCAUCACAUGUGAAGGCUGCAAGGGAUUCUUUAGGAGGAGUCAACAGAACAAUGCCUCAUACUCCUGCCCAAGGCAGAGGAACUGUUUAAUUGACAGAACCAACAGAAACCGUUGCCAACACUGCCGACUGCAGAAGUGUCUUGCCCUAGGAAUGUCUAGAGAUGCUGUAAAAUUUGGAAGAAUGUCCAAAAAGCAGAGGGACAGCCUGUAUGCCGAGGUACAGAAGCAUCAACAGCGACUGCAAGAACAGCGACAGCAGCAGAGCGGCGAGGCCGAAGCCUUGGCUCGUGUCUACAGCAGCAGUAUCAGCAAUGGGUUGAACAACCUGAACAAUGAAACUGGUGGCACUUACUCAAAUGGGCAUGUCAUUGACCUGCCGAAGUCUGAGGGUUAUUAUAAUGUGGAUUCUGCCCAACCCUCCCCAGAUCAAUCUGGCUUGGACAUGACUGGAAUCAAACAGAUAAAACAGGAACCUAUUUAUGACCUCACUUCUGUACCAAACUUGUUUACCUAUAGUUCUUGCAACAAUGGACAAUUAGCUCCAGGGAUAACCAUGACGGAAAUAGAUCGAAUUGCACAGAAUAUAAUUAAGUCCCAUUUGGAGACGUGCCAGUAUACAAUAGAGGAGCUACACCAGCUCGCCUGGCAGACCCACACAUAUGAAGAAAUCAAAGUAUACCAGAGCAAGUCAAGAGAAGCAUUGUGGCAACAGUGUGCAAUCCAGAUCACACAUGCCAUUCAAUAUGUGGUGGAAUUUGCAAAACGGAUAACAGGCUUUAUGGAACUCUGUCAAAACGAUCAGAUUUUACUUCUCAAAUCAGGCUGUUUGGAAGUGGUUUUAGUAAGAAUGUGCCGUGCCUUCAAUCCACUCAACAACACUGUUCUGUUUGAAGGAAAAUAUGGAGGAAUGCAAAUGUUCAAGGCUUUGGGUUCAGAUGAUCUGGUGAACGAAGCAUUUGACUUUGCAAAGAAUUUAUGUUCCUUGCAGCUAACUGAGGAAGAAAUUGCCUUGUUUUCUUCUGCUGUUCUGAUAUCACCAGAUCGAGCUUGGCUGUUAGAACCAAGGAAGGUCCAGAAACUUCAGGAAAAGAUUUAUUUUGCACUUCAACAUGUGAUCCACAAGAAUCAUCUCGAUGAUGAGACUAUGGCAAAGUUAGUAGCCAAGAUUCCAACUAUCACUGCACUUUGCAACCUGCAUGGAGAAAAACUGCAGGUAUUUAAACAAUCUCAUCCUGACAUAGUGAACACACUGUUUCCUCCAUUAUACAAGGAACUGUUCAAUCCAGACUCUACCACUGGCUGCAAGUGAAAGGAAAGAUAGAAUAUGUCACAUAGUCCUGGAAUGCAUCACUGUUAAGACAAAAGAAUUGUUUUCAUGAAGACUUUCUUUUUUUUAAAAAUGUCACUACUGCAACACUAGGAAUGUCCUGCACUUAAUAGAAUUAUUUUUCACCGCUACAGUUUGAAGAAUGUAAAUAUGCACCUCUGAGUGGGGCCUGUUUUCAUUUCUCUUCUUUUUGUUAUUUUGUUUUCUUUUUUAAUUUUUAACUUACCAGGAAAAAAAGUUGCAAAAUAUAGAACACUGGGUGUUACCUUUAUUUUUGAUUUUAUUUUAUUGGGGAUAUGUUUGGGAGACAACUGUUUAUAGACAUUUAUUGUAGAUAUAAAUGAAAACAGAGGGGUAAUUUGCAGUAUUACUCUUGCUGUUCAAAUAUAAUUUAAGAAAAUUCCACUAAACUAGGCUUAACUAUUUCUAUGUUUUUAGCUAGUUAAAUGCAUGUGGCAAUUUGUAGCUGUCUUGGAAAUAGGUGUGCGUGUAUGUAAUAUGUAUAUGGGCAUGAGCCUUUCCUGUGCGGAUGCAGCAUCAGUACAAAGAUGGUUCCCAGGAGAGGGAGGAUAAAGUUCCCUGGUCCUCCUCUACCCUCUGAGGAUGUAUACAACCAUUUCCAUGUAGCAUUCCAGAUAGUACAGGUAAAUGGGGUAGACUGUGUUUACCUCCCAGAUGCUUAUCUAGCCUUCCUUUUCCACCUGAACUGUGGGGGCUUCUCAUUUCCUUUAACUGUCUGUUACGCCAUGUGUGAGCUGAAGGGAGAAGCCAAUAGGACUCUGUUAAGUCCUACAGGGAUCCUUGGAUACACAGGCAAGGGUCAUGUCUUGUGUACAUAUAGAAAGUAUAUAUCAGGGAUGGGCAACGUUGGUGUUCUCAGGGGCUACCUCUUCCUUCAGACAGUGGUCAAGUGUCAGAAGAGUAUAUUGCUGCACAGCUCAGAUGGUUCUAACACAGUCUUUUGGUUGUGGCAUGUGUAUUUUCUACAUUAUGUAGAAAAUACACAUGCACAACCCUUUUUGAAAACAAAUGUUAUUUCCUCUAAGUAGAAUUACAAGGUUUUAAUGACAUCCUGAUUCAAAUCUUAUAACACUGGGUCCAGGAUGAGUUGCCUUAUGAGUUACUGGUUAGCCUUCCCUGCUGUAUACUACUGUAUAGUACACAUAUAUAUGGAAUACGCACACACUUGUUGUAGCUUUUUUUUAAAAGCCUAUUUUCUAAGGAUGCUGUCUUGCAUUUUAUAACUCUCCAUAUAAUGUAUUGGUUUUAUGUUGAGCAAUUAGGCUUUUGCUCUGCCAUCCAUCCAUAUAUAAUGACAAGAUGGUACCUUUUCUGAUCAGUUUGUAUAUAAUAUGUAUGCAGUACGCGGUCACCGAAUGAAAAGUCAGGUUAGUAUUAUUGGUGCCAAAGCCUUGUCUGGAUAAUUCAAAUGGACAGAGAGAAAGUUAAUGGGAGAUUUUUUUUCCUCAGUGAUAGUGAUAAAGCAUAUAUUAAACAUAUUAUUAUAGGACAAAAUGCCAAUAGAGUAUUUAAACUAAAGAGAGUAAAAUUUAUACUGUCCCAAACAGUACAUUUGUUUUGUGAAUCAAAAAGAGAGUUUAUUUUAUUAUCUUCCCUAAACAAAAAAAAAGUUGCUCUGUAUUCUCCAGGGGAUAAUGAAGCAGGCCCAUAGAUAAAUGUAAAGAUUACACAAAAAACCAACCAGUCAUCAGCAAAGACAUUAUUGUAAGCUGUGAGGUGAGAGAGGAGGCUUUCCAUAUGUACAUCCAUCGUCUUAUACAACUUUAAUAUUCCAGUGUCUGGAAAAAGAGCUGUUUUCACUGGUUUACUUCCUAUCCAGGGAUCAGAUUGCGCAGUUGUUACCUUAACAAAACUGGUUUGGCAUAUUAAUUUGUCAGUAAUAGUAGUGAUAUACAUAGAACAGGUCCUCAAAAAAAUAUUGUAUUAUAGAAUAUUUUCUCUACUAGGUCCUACAAGGCUUCUUAUGCAUCCUAUUCCACACACACACACACACACUAACAUCCACAGUUGCACAGGUGGAAAGAAUUCUGAGAACAGAAGCAAGAGGCUUCCUCAAAGUCUAAAAUGGUUCCAAUGCUUCUUACUGGUGUUUCCUCAACAUGGUGUUUUAGAGUAAAUGCUUUGGGAAUGGGCAGUUGUUCACCAAGGAUGGUUAUAAAAGAGCCCUUGGAGAACAAUGAAUCCAGUUAUAGCUCACCCAUUCUACCAAAUUUUGCCCUGCCCAACCCACCAUGGCUUGUAAAGGAGAAAAAGAAAUUUGCCAUGUUGGCAGGAUAAUUUGAAAGCUGUAGCUCCCCUAAGUAACUUUUCCAGGCUCUACACCUUCCACACCUGGAAGACUUUAGUAGACAGUCUGAGAACAAUAAGAUCUAGCCUACUGGCUCACCCACUCUCCCUUUCUACCUGUCAUUGAAUCUGUACAAUAUCACACUAUUCUUUGGUGCUUGAUGCCAAACUUUCUUAUCGAUUGCAAAAGUCAAAGCUGUUUAAAAGAAAAAAAGCUUAUAAUAUAUGUUUCUUAUAGUUCUGUUUUGAUUCUUUGCAUUUUGGGAUUUAAUUCUAAAAAUACAGAACUCAGAUCCCAUACAAAUAUGUUCUCAAUUAUUCCUAACUGCUCAUUUAGCAAAACAGGAGGGAAUUACCUGAAAAUAUACUUCCUUCUCUGGAAAGAUUAAAUAAUCUAAUCCACUGUGCUGUUGAAAGUGCUACCUAGCCUCUUCAGCACAGAAUUAAAUCUGACAUUGCAUGAACAGCUUCUGGCUUACACAGUGGGAUUUUCCUCUCCUUUUCACUCCAGUGUGCUGCACACACAUCUGACUGAACCAGGCACCAGAAGGCUCCUCUGGAACCAAUUUUGAAAGUGCAUAGAGGGUUACAGCAGAGGUGUGUGAUUGCUCCCUUCUUCUUUUCUUGCGUCUGACGGAUGCACCUCCUCUGGAGUGGUUAUUUGGAAACCGCUGAUAUGUUUGAAACAUAUUUCUUUAGUUAUAAAUCAAAACACUGAUGAGUAGAAUAGAUAUGAAGCUGACUUGCAUUGGCACACAUGGAAAUCUUACAUUUCAUUUCUACUUAACAGUCUUAAUAGCUACAGUUCAAAAGUAUAUUUUUCAAAAUGCAAGUCAGUGACACCAUGUUUGAUUAUAUUUAUUGCACUGCAUAUCAGCACCAAAGGGCACUUCCAACCAGGGUUAGGGAAGUUUACCUAUUUGGAACAACUCCCAGAAUGCCCCAGCCAGCAUGAACACUUUCAAAGUUCUUCCUUCAUCUUUUUGGCUUCAGUAUAGGAUUGCUACUUGUUUGUUGCCAUUGUUUUUCCCUUACAGAGCUCCUGUGCCUUUUGGAGCGGAUAGGCAGGUAGGAGUUACACACUGCACAGGUGUCUCAGUGACUAACAAAGGCUUGUUUUACAAAAUGAGCAUGUGAGCAGAAAAACAUCCAUUUAAUAGUCUUGGGCUGCCCGCUCUGCCUUCUUCUUUUUUUUUAAUUAUUCUGCUAUUUCCUAUUCAAAUAACAGGACAGAGAGACAACAGAAGCUGCCCUGGUAAAUGAUAUCCCUUCUUCCUUUACUUGAUUUGUUUCUCUUCCUCUGGAACUAACACAACAAUAACACUUUAUAUCGUUUUCUGAUAAUGUAAGAGCACUGAGUCACUUUAUUCUCAGUGUCUGAGCAGACUGAUGUAGACUGCUUGUUACACUUCUACAGGGACUUAAUUUUGUCUAAAUGUCACUCCUGCUGGCUCUCUGUAUAAAGAAUUAAUUCCAAGAGUCAUAUUUCCUUCUAAUGGAAAGAUUACUUUACUGAUUGCUAGGAAAAUAGGGUAAUAGAAGACACUCAAUUAAACCAAGCUGUUUCCAAAUGCAAUAUAUAUUUGAUGAUUGUGUUAGGGACCAUGCAGGAUUUGAGUCUGGGAGGUCUUACACUCUUUCAACUCUCAUCUAAAAUAUUCUUCUUGAUUUCCUUCUUUUUAUUCUAUUGGGUUUUACAGUCUGGGAAGGUUAUGUAGCUUCCAUGUAGAAAGAUUUGGGUGAAAUCAGUUUUUCUCCUAGGGCUACAGUUAAACAACUACAGUACAUUAUGAGCUGAACUCAUUUUAAAUCCACUUUAUUCACACUCUUAGCAUGAUAUAAAUUAAGGAAGACUAAGGAAUUCUAACACCUAACACCAGCAAAACUGGACAAUCACAAAAAUCUAUUCUCCAGAUAAGGUUAGGUUACCAAGCCAGUAAUUUCUUAUGGGAAAUUAAAUGUGGAGACAUCAUUCCUUUGCACAGUGAGAAGUGUUCAUUACACUGAAUUUUCUUUUUUUAAGCACCCCACCCAGCCAAGAGCAUUCACCUUGGAGUAAAUUUACAGUUUUGGAGAGUGUAGUCUCCAAAACAGUAAUAUGGGGAUGGGGAAUACCUAGAGAGGUAAAACUUUGAUACCUGAGGCAAACAGCUCAGUUUUCUUUGACACUAGAAAGGGUAUGUGUUUAUGUGUGUUUGUGUGUGUGUAACAUGAUUCAGCCAUUCUGCCUCCUCUCUAUAAAUGGAUCAGUGUCUCUGAUACGCUGUGAGAACUGUAUGUCAUACACUAGCACCAUCUUACUCUUUCCUUUUAAAUCUUCACACUUUGUAAAUGACAAUCACUGCUUGAUGCAGCUGUUGCACUGUAUGCCACUCAGGGAUAUAUUACCUUAAUAAAAAUAAUAAGAUAUAUAAAUAUGACAGUAAUAAUAAGGAAACAAUAAUUAGAAAUGUGUUGAAAGGCACAGAUUUAGAUGCCAAAAUGUGGAAGACCCAGACAAGGCUUUCAAGCCAGCUUUUAGAAAUGACAUGGUUAGAAACUGAAUUCACUGUUACUGUUUCCUCUACAAUGUGCGCCACUGAUUUUACACUUUGAUUGUGAGCACAAAAUCCAUAUUGUGACCAUUUAUCCUUCAGGGGAAAAAUUGUGGACAAAAAAUUAAUUUCAAGUUAUUGGCAAAAUUAACAUUUGGUUUAAAAGAUAUUUUCUAGGAUCAAAGUAAGUGGAUUAAUUGCACUGCAGCUGCAAACAUGCUUCCCUGACUAUUAAAACUCUGGAAGUCAAUGCCACUUGAGACUUAAGAUAGGUAAGUGUGUAAGAAUCAAGAUUUUGGACAUGGAAAAUAGUGGUAUAGUAGUAGCAAUGGCCACAACGUUGUUGAUUUACCACAUGGAGAAAUAUAUGGGACAGAAAAAGAAAAGGAGAACAAGCAUCAUUCUCAUUUUCAAAGUGCCUUCCAACUGGCUUCUAUAUACUGGCAAACCAAUGUUUUUCAUAGAGUACCCAGUCAUAACAGCUUAAAAGGCACUACACAUAGUCAUUUUUGCUACCAGAUAUUCUCCACAACAUGCAUGCAAUCAUACAAACAAAGUUCUGGAUGAAAUAGAAGAUCUUUUGAGUCAUUCUGUGUACUUCUUCAAAGUGUGUAAACUGCUGUGAAGGAAACCCCAAUAUUCCCUUUUCUUGCAAUAUGCUGUGAUGAACAAUCUUAAAGUCAGGCUCUAUUCAAACUCGAAAGAAAGUCCCCUCUAUUAAAAAAAAAAAGACAAAAAAACCGCAAAAUAGCCAGAAAUUCACUUUUCUGAUUAUUAAUAUUAAAGAUAAUGAAAAAUAUUUAUUGGCUUACUGAUAUUCCAGGGAUGCAUCCCAGUCAGUAGUAAUCCAUACAAUUCAUCCCUGGCAUCUUUUCUCAAAAAUGGAUCUGAUAUCUGGAGAUACUGUAUUGGAGGGGAAAGUCUGCACAAGACACUGGAGUUUGCUUUGCAUUAGAGUCCAACAUUCUUUUCAUACAGUGGCCAAUCAAUUGUCCACAGGAAGGCCACCACUAAAAUCAACGCAACGAUACCUCUGCUUUUGAUACCAGAGGUGACAUAUCAACAUUAGGAGGAACGUCCUGAUAGUGAGAGCUGUUUGACAGUGGAACACAAUCCCUCGGAACAUGGUGGAGUCUCCUUCCUUGGAGGUCUUUAAACAGAAGCUGGAUGGUCAUUUGUCAGGGGUCCUUUGAGUUCCUGCAUGGCAGGGGUUGAACUGGAUGGCCCUUGUGGUCUCUUUCAACUCUAUGAUUUUAUAUAACUAACCUGACAAGUAAGGCUACUGAUGAACCCAUCCUCCAUUUCAUCCACUCAUUUCCCCUUACUACAACCAAGGUAGCCUCAACCUACAGUUAUUAGUAAAUUUGUUCACUUAAAUUACUAUUAGCCUGUGUCAACCUCUAGAUACAAUGUCAGAAAGGAAAAGCGUGAAUGUUCUCUUUAAUGGUGAUUUGUCAUCAUAGGUUCAAAAUGCACUGCAUAAAUAAUCCAGUUUGAGACUGCUUUAACUGCCCUGGCUCAAUGCUAGGGAAUUCUGGGAACUGUA